AUGGGUACGCGCGUAUGUGUGUGGAUGGGGGAGGGGGCGGGAGCAGACAGCCGCAGAGACCGCCGUCAGGUCGAUCUUUCAUGUGCCGUGUGUGUGUCAGGGGUGUCUGCCCUCACUUGCUGUUGCCGACGAUGGCAACCGCAGCAGACGCAUCGAUUCUUCCAUCUAUUUGUGCGAACGAAGAGCAUCAACUCUGGUCAUUGGUGCCGGAGUGGAUAGGGCUGGUGUCGGGGAGUGAAAAGCACGCUAAUCCAUUCCUCCCACUCCAUGUGCAUCUGUUCAUGAUGACGAUGGAUUCAUAUCUGGCGCUCGUGGUGUUUGCAGCAUGUCUGCUGACGUUUGCCCAUCGUUGCUCAUGCGACACGCUGGCCUUUCACCCUCCUGCGUCGAGCGCUGCCGACUUCGCCAAAUCAUCCGCAUCCUUGCUGAGCGCAAGACGCAUACACAGCAAGGUACGGCACGUGUAUCUACACGGCCUGCAUAUAUGUGCACACGCCCUGCACUGCCAGACACUCCGCAGAGAACGUGUCGUGUUUCCUCAUCUUUUUGUUCCUGCAGAUCGAUGCCAGCAGCAAGCCUCAGGCCAGCGGUGACUCACUCGGUGAGCUCCUAAAGGAUGGCAUCCACGAUUCUAUGCCAUUCAUGGACCGACAUCCGUGACGGCAUGACGACAUGGCGUGUUGUCCUGUCUCAACUCCCGCAGAUGAGUGGGAUGCCCGAUUUGACCGGCUGUUGGAGAAGAAGGAAGGCUACGCUGUCGGCAGGGGCAUCAAGAGGCUCUCUUUCGGUCUCAGCUGGGAGUGGAACAGAGGAAGGGAGAUAGAUGUCGACGUACAAUGCCUGGUAGGUUGGACUGUGCACGCACUGGUGCAUGAUGAAAGUUGCCUCCAUCUUUCUCGCUUGGCGUGUGUAGGCGGUGGACGCGUCAGGGCGCAUUAUCGACGCCUGCUAUUACAACAACAUGAACGCAAGCAAGAAAUGGAGGGCCGAAUCUCAGUUCAUUUCAUGA